GGGUGCUCCUUGGCGACGCGCGCGGUCCUCGUUGCCGCAUGUUGCCACCAGUCUCGGCUUGAGUGGACACCAGUCUCUGUGGAAGAACGAACCAACCCUCAGCCAUGGCAGCGAAGUGUAGCGGCGUGAGGAUCAAGGUGUUGAGCAUGGCAGGGGAGAUUCUGUACUCCCUGGAAGCAGACCAGUCCUGGAAGGUCAUUGAGCUCAAGCAGCAGAUCGCGAGCUAUCUCCGCCCUGUGAAGGGGCUUUUCCAAUUGAGCUUGGAAGACGGAGUGCUGCAGGACCAUGAAACCUUGGCAGAUCGUCUGGGCACCGACCUGACACUCGACCUGGAGGUCACGUUGAUUUUCGAGGCCUGCGACUUGGAGGCUCUCUUGCUCCCCCGACGGUGCAUCGUCGACCGGCGGGCGCGGGUGGUGACGGAGGAUGUGGAGGAACUGAGACGGCUGUGCAGCAUGGCCAAGGAGAUCCUUUGUCAAGAGCCAUCGGUGCUGGACUUGGAACCUCCUUUGACCCUGGUAGCGCAUUUGGCGGGGCGCAUGGAUCAGCUGAAUACGAUCUUCACCCAACUGGGUGAGCCGAGUUCACAGACACCCUACCUUUUUUUGGGAAACUAUUUGAACAGAGGGCGACAGAGCUCGGAGGUGCUGAUCAUGCUCUUGGCAUACAAGUGCAAGUUCCCCGAGCACGUUCAUUUGCUUCGAGGUCAGCAGGAGACUCGAAAGGCCACUAGGGCCAAGGGCUUCUACGAUGAAUGCAAGAGGAUCUAUAAUGUGAAGAUCUGGAAGAGCUUCAUGGAGGUCUUGGAUCACUUGCCUCUUUGUGCCUUGGUGAAGAGCCGCAUCUUUUGCGUCUCUGGUGGUUUGUCGCCCAGAACUUGCAGUUUGGAGCAACUGCGGCGAAUACCAAGACCCACUGCAGCAGAGGGGGAUGAACUAGUCUGUGAUUUGUUGUGGUCCUUCCCCGAAGAGCUGCCGCUGCCAUGCCUUGCGGCUUCGGAGGGUUGCUGCUACGGCCCCGAGGUGGUGAAGCAGUUUUUGAAGGAUCAUCAGUUGGAGCUGGUGGUGCAAGGAAACCUGGUGAAAGAAUCUGGUUAUGAUGACACCUUUGCUGACGGAAAGCUGGUGACCGUCUUCAGUUGUGCCAACUAUGCGGAGGAAAGAGUCUCGAACAAGGGUGCAGUGAUGCGCAUUCACGAGGAUCUCACAUACAUCUUUUGCACCCAUGAGUGCAUUGAGGAGCAUCAAGUUUAACCGUUUGAAGUCCGGUUCGAUAUUGAAGAGAUAUCAAGUGAUCAGAGAGGCCUUGCUGUGGAGGAGAGAACAAAGAGGUAUAGAGAGAGGCAUUUGGAAAACCACGUGGGAUGUCCCAACUUUGCAAAGACUGGCAGAUUGCUUGGUUUGAGCCUGGUGAUUGGCAACGAUGCUGUUGAAGGCAGGAAGGCGCUGGAUGCUGCUGUAGGGCCGGAUUGUGUUCUUCCUUGAAGAUUUGAAGAUGAGUUCACCAGUUCAGAUGGGCAAAUCUAUUUGACCCUUGGUUCAUCUGCUUCACUUGAUGCAUCAAUAGAAUCGACUCCAGACUCACCUGCCAGAGCUCCAGAGCUCCAGACCCAAAAGGACCGGCUUUUCAAAAGGGGUUUUGCAGGGAGCUAGAC